GAUUUAUUUUCUUCUCUUCUCUCCUGCUCUCUGUGCUCUUAAAGUUGACCCUUCCGUGAAAUCACCUUUUAUCGCACCAUUUAUCAGUCGUAUGCUGUACGACCAAAAUGCCAUCAAUGAUUCGCCUGUGCGCGAUAAGUGUGGCAGCAUGCGCCGGUGUUCUUGCGGCAGCGUCAUGCCCUGGUAGUGUCAGCCAUGAUGGACAGCCGGCUGGCGUUUUCAAAAAUGUCACUGGAAUACAAGUCUACCACGCUUAUCCUCCUUCUCAGUCAGGCAGCAACAUUGAGAUUAUAACCGAAAAUGCAAUUCUAUUCAUUACCGACAUAUACGGAGUCCCGCUUCUUCAAAACAGACUUCUAGCUGACUCCCUUGCCCGCGCCAACUAUACAGUCAUUAUGCCAGAUCUUUUCCGUGGCGAUGCAGUUCCUGUAUCAUCCCCGGAAGGACCGGCGCUCAACUUGACGGAGUGGCGGGCACGACAUCCAGAACACGAAAUAGAUGGCAUAAUUGAUACGAUUGUUGAUUACAUCUACGACCUAGGUGUAAGAAGACUUGGUGGUGUCGGCUACUGUUUUGGUGGGAAAUACGUUCCAAGGUUUAUGGCGAUCAACAGAGGCAUCGAUGUAGGCUUUAUUGCGCAUCCCAGUAAUUUGCUGUCUUCCGAAAUCGAGGCAAUCGUAGGUCCCAUCAGUAUAGCAGCCGGAGAACUUGAUGGAGGCUUCAACUCCACUCUUCGGCGAAACGCAGAAGACAUCUUGCAGAAAAUGAACUCCACCUAUCAAACGAAUCUGUAUUCUGGUGCCCCUCACGGCUUUGCUGUGCGGGUAGAUUUGAACAACUCAAGGCAGAAAUACGCCAAAGAAGCCAGUUUCCAGCAAGCAGUGACAUGGUUUGAUACAUGGCUGCGCAGGGGGUAGACUAUUUUCAUCAGCACUACUCCAAAAGCUGCGCAGAGAUAUUUAAUUCAUCACAAGGAAGAUUAUGAUGGAUAUGCAUCUGCGUGCAUGCUCACAAAAGGUUCCGUGGAACAGAAUUUGUGAUAAUAGUGAAGUACAUGG